AUGGAGCAAAUGGAAGCACGCGACAAGGCCUACUCUUUGUGGCUGGCCAGCCAUAUAAGAGACAAGCAAUCCAAAUGGCUCGACAACGACCUCCGCGUGAUGGAGGGGAAGGUUCAGGCCAUGAUGAAACUAAUAGAGCAGGAUGCAGAUUCCUUUGCAAAGAGGGCAGAGUUGUAUUUCCAGAGAAGGCCUGAGCUUUCGAGCAUCGUAGAGGAGAUGCACAAAUCUUACAAGGCGUUGGCUGAUAAGUUUGAUAGGACAUCUGGGCAGUUGCACAAGGCCAACCGGACCAUAGCUACUGUUUCUCCGGAGCAGGUUGAGCUUGCAAUAGAAGAUGAUGAAGGUGAUUGUGGCUACCCGAAGCCGAAUAUGUCAAUGGAAGAUGGUGACGAACGGUUGGAACUGGCAGAGAAGAUUGAUGAACUUGUAGACAAGGCCAUUUGUUUAGAACUCAAAAUUGCAUCACAGACUGUGCAGAUAAACAGAUUAAGUUCAGAGGCAGAUGAGCUUCAGGAGCAGAUAGAAAGCUUGGAAGAAGACCAGGCUGGUGAGCCCAAAAAUAGCUUAACUGAGAAACUAAAGCAAGCAAAAGAUAGGUUGAAAAGCAUUCAUCAACUUGAAUAUUGCCUCAAUGAUGAUGAAGAAGGCACUUCUCCAGCACAGUUAACAGAAUCUUGCUGUAGCCUUGACAAUGUUUCUGAGAGUUGGCAGACACCUAAACAUCAAGAAGAAUUUCAACAAAUUGAAGGUACGCAGACAGAAUUGUUGCAAGAAGAUAGUGACUCUGGUGUCGAUGAUGUUCUAGCAGAACUUGUAGAGGUAGAUGAUGACACAGAUCUCCCAGAGUCGCUACAAAAUGGAUCAGAGGAUGAACAAAUGGUCACAUUGUCCAAGUACACGUCCAUUCUUCAAAACUAUGAAGACACCAGGGAAAUGCUUUCGGAAAUUGAGAAGAAAAAUAGAGAAUAUCAUUUGGAAACGAUGGAACAAGUCAAAGAGCUGAAAGAUUCCAAUGCAAUGAAAGAGGAGCAAAUCAGACUUCUCAAAGAGAUAUUAAAUACCUUGAAGGAACGUUUAGGUGGAAACGUGAUCAAAGAGAUGGGAAAAACUAGCAAUAAAGUUGCUCACGACCAAAAACUUCAUGAUUCAGAAACUGGGAGCCCUUACGCAGAGGACAUCAAAUUAUACUAUGUCCUUGAAAGCCAAAAUUCUUCGUCAGUCGAAGGAAAAUGCCGUGAACAAAUUGAUGUGUUGCUACAAGAGAACAUGGAUUUCUGGUUGCGCUUUUGUUCGUCGUACCGUGAGAUUCAAGAAUUCCAAGCUAAGCACAAAAAACUAAAAGCUGACAUGGAGAAGUGGGAUGAGAUCAGAAACCAUAAGGGCAGUCCUAAAACUUCGUUUGUGGCAGAAAGGCUGAGAAAGUUCAACCACAAGCUACAGAUGUGGUGGGAAAAAAAUGUGCAGCUAAAUGAAGAACUCAACUGCAGAAUUUCAUCUCUUUGCAGCAUGCAAGGCCAGAUAGAAGGGGCCUCGAAGGAAAGCGAGAUUGAAUGCGUGAAUCUAACCCCUUACCAGGCAGCCAAGCUCCAGGGAGAGGUACUCAGCAUGCAGCAACAGAACAAGAAGGUGGCAAAAGAGUUGCAAGCUGGUCUAGACUGUGUGAGCGGAUUGCAGGAGGAGAUUGCUACCACUUUGUCCAAAAUUAACGACGACCACCUCGAGCAUCCAUCCUCCAAGAUCAUCCCACUCCGGACCUUCUUGUUUGGUCCAAAGCCCAAGAAGCCUUCACUGUUCUCGUGCAUAAGCCCUGCGCAUUCAAGAAGCAAGAGAGUGAUCUAA